UUGCGCUGCCUAAGCUUGAUUCGCUUCGUUUCAAUGGCGGGUUCGGUCUUCCUCGACGCCAUUUUCAGGCGAAGGAAGAAGCAUAUGGUGUUCAAUAAUAUAUAUAUAUGGACUGUCUCUGCAGCCGCCAUGGAAUUCGAUUUUCACACCAUUAGAGCUGCAACUAGUGGGUUCUCGGAUAUCGUCGUAUUCAACUCUCUGUACAAGGGCAAGCUUCCUGAUGGACAAGACAUAGUAGUGAAGAUACUGUCCAGAGACUUGCCAUGGGUAGAGAGAGUGAUUCACAGUGAGUGCCGACUGUUAUCAAGGCUUCAACACAAGAAUCUGAUCAACCUCGUUGGCUUCUGUAAUAACCGAAACAGAUUCUACCUCGUCUUCGAGUUCAUGCCUAACUCGAGCCUCGACAGAUUCAUUCACGAACCUUCAAGGGCUUUUCAAAUUCCAUGGGAGAUAUGUCGAAACAUCAUCGGAGGCGUAGCUCGAGGGCUCCGUUACCUUCACGAAGAAUGCGGGUUACGCGUUAUUCACCGCGACAUCAAACCUGCAAACAUUCUCUUGGACGCGGAAAUGAACCCGAAAAUCGCGGGGUUUGAACUGGCAAUGCAGACCCGAGAAAUCGAAAGCGAAAACUAUAACACGGAAAUCGCAGGGACGGCAGGGUAUUUAGCUCCGGAGAUCCUUACUUCAGGACGUUUUUCGGCUAAAUCUGAUGUCUAUAGCUUCGGAAUUCUGAUCUUGGAGAUCAUCAGCAGGAGGAGAGUUCUUCAACCCGAGGAACAUCUCGUAACCUAUGUCCGUAGAUGUUGGAACGAAGGAAGAUCACUCGAUAUCGUCCAUGAAGAUCUGAGAGAAGACGACUCCAUAACCGAAAUCACGAGAUUCAUACACAUUGCUCUGCUCUGCGUAGACGAAAACGUGGAGACAAGACCUAACGCAGAGACAGUUCUUCACUGGUUUAGUUGCAGAAGCUCUGCAGCUCUGCCUCUUCCCUCAACAAUGGCGUCUUCUGCGCAGUAUGAGUCUCUGUCUUCUCCCACCAGCUCUGUGACAUUAUCGGACAGUGAAUUUGUUUAACUGCUAAACGUGUUUCAUUACAUGUUCUUGAAUGCAUAAAAAAGGCAGAGAUAUAUCAUCUGUUUAUGUGUGUUACAAUACAAUAUUCACGUCUCUGUUAUUAUUUAAAAAAUUGCUUUUCCAUUAUGGUUUAA